CCAGUGUGUUCGCCCUCCCCAGGCCGCCAGGAUGGACGUGUUCAUGAAGGGCCUGUCCAUGGCCAAGGAGGGCGUCGUGGCCGCCGCGGAGAAAACCAAGCAGGGGGUCACGGAGGCCGCGGAGAAGACCAAGGAGGGUGUCCUCUACGUCGGAAGCAAGACCAGAGAGGGGGUGGUACAAGGAGUGGCCUCAGUGGCUGAGAAAACCAAGGAGCAGGCAUCACAUCUGGGAGGAGCCGUGUUCUCCGGGGCUGGGAACAUUGCAGCAGCCACAGGCCUGGUGAAGAAGGAAGAAUUCCCCACUGAUCUGAAGCCAGAGGAAGUGGCCCAGGAAGCCUCUGAGGAGCCGCUGAUUGAGCCCCUGAUGGAGCCAGAAGGGGAGAGCUAUGAGGAAGCGCCCCAGGAAGAGUAUCAGGAGUAUGAGCCAGAGGCGUGAGGGCCCAGGACGGCCCCCUACCAGCAGCACAAUCCCUCCCCUGUCCGCUGCCCCGCCCCCCAGAGCCAGGGCUGUCCUCCAACCCCUUCCCCUUAAAACACGAGAUCUUCCUUUCGCUCCGGGGCGCCCCCUCGGAGCCUGUGUUAGUGUCUGUCCAUCUGUCUGUCCUACCCGCCCGCGUCCAACCCUGGGACGUGGACAGGGCCGGGGCUGCGGCCACGGCUGGGAGCCUCGCUCCACCUUUGUUGCCCCCUCCCUGCCCCACCCCGUCCAGUGUCUGCGCGGAAGUAGCAUGUUCUAUGUAUUUUUAAAAGAAGAUCGGAAAGUGACGGCUCCCCUCCACCGCCGACAGAGGCUAUUUGAGGGGUCCCCAGGCAGCCCCAGAGCCCCGCACCCCACUCCCACAUCGACCCCAAGAACCUUUUUUUUUAAACCAAAACCAGGAGUCAGGCUGUGCCAUGCCCCCUUCCCCAGCCGGCCCGGUCUGAGCGCGGGCGUCGUGUGUCGUGAUUGUGGCAUGGAAAGUCCCCCACCCCCGUGUGAGCGUGUCCCGGGAGGGCGGGCCCGGCCGCCCCCCGCGUGUCCAUGAAUAAAGCCAAUCUGUCUGUAGCAGGC